AUAUAAGGUAUAUGUAGUAGUGGUUUAGUGUAUCAGUACGCUAGGGGAGCUCUGUGUACAGGUGUAUAUACACAGGCCCACUAGUAUACUGUAUUGCCAUUUACUCCAGUAUACCUUUACGUACGCUAUUUGCACUGGGAGAGUUACCUGUGCUGUGUGGAAAACAAGACACCGUAGGCGCGGAUAGCACUGCAGUGUAGCGAUCGGCUAAGAGUAUUACAGAGAGCACAACCUCAGUGUGAAACAAAACGACAGAAUUUUGGACGUAAAAAGUGAAACGGAUUGCAAGCCAUCGCGUUACGUUAUCCGGUCUACAAAUUGGAGGAAAUUUAUUUCCAUUGGUGUAUACAAAAUUCAGAAGAUUUUAAAAUGUAGCAAAUUUUGCUAAGAUGUGAUUUUUAUUUCGUUUUUGGAUUUACGUUAUAGUGUGUGACAGUAUGUGGCGUGUUUUUUGUGUGUAGAAUUUGACUGGCCUAAACUGCUACCAUGGUUACAUCGUGGAUCUAUUCUCUCGUCAUCCUGCCACUCGUGCUAGAGGUGAGUAGUUCCCGACGACUUUCUAUUGGACCGGAAGCGCAGAGAUUAUGCAGAAGCUAUCGGAAGGUGUGCUCCCCCGGCAGAUUCUGUGCAAUGCAGUACUUCAUUAAACCCAGAAAUAUUUCAUUGCCAAUAUGCGUCCCAGAACAUAUCAUUCCGGCUGAACAAAAGAUUUGUGAUCUUCAGCCGGACCAGGGUAACUGUGGAGCUCGCUACAUCAGGUGGUUCUAUCAUAAAGGCCAAAACAAAUGUAACUGGUUCUACUAUGGUGGAUGUGACGGAAAUCAAAAUAACUUCAAAAGCAAACAUCAAUGUGAGGAAACUUGUCGUGCAGCAAUUGACAACAAUGCGCAUACUAACCGGAACAAUGCUAUUGCGCUUCCGGUUAAAACAAGCCCAGUAGUGAUAUCUGAACCUAUUUUUCUACCAGAAAGAUCAAAUCAAAUAAAUCGGCCGUUUUCGCUGAGAUCUAAAAAGGUGGUAAAACAUGAUAAGGAGCGACGACGAAAGCGUAGAUUACGGGACAGGAAGAAGCGAAGGUUACAGAAACUGCGCAGGCGGAGACGGAAGUUAAACGUUACUCCCCGAAAACGUAGACGCGAUGGCAAAAUUUCGGGACGGAAACGUAAAAAUAGAAAGAAGAGGCGACAAGGAAGAAAGCAUAAAAAGAAGAAUAAGAAUAAAAAGAACAAAACACAUAAGGGCAAGAAAGACAAGAUGGUAGCGGAGAAAGAGGAGGAUAAAGAACGUAAUAAUGAAAAUCAAAUGACAAAUGAAAAACGUAAACAUGAUAAAACGACAACGGAUAUAGACACAGAAAGUCAAUCUUUGGUAAAAACAUUAACAGUCCUUGAUUCCGGUGACGAGGAAACAACAGAAGAUAGGGAGAGCUAACGAGUGUGAGAUUCAAAGGUACUCAAAUAUGAGAGGUUCGUGGUUGCGCGAAACUUACAAGCAUCAUAUCAAAACUGUAAAAACCGCCAACGGUGUGCAUUCAUUGAAAUAAUGAAAUAUAAAGAGCAAUUAAGCAGAAGAAGGGGAAUAUUUAAGGCAAAAUAAUAUCUAGAAAAAGAUGUGGUUCGCUCCGGCACGUUAAUUAUACGCCGUUGGUGGGAUAUAAUACAAGUGUUUCAAUUUUCAUCCACACAGAUGGGUAUCGAAUAGAACAUUAUUCAUCUUGGUUGAUGCUUAACCGGAAGUGACUGUCGGUUGUGAAGGAAUGGGUAUUGAUAUACACAUAAUCCCUGGUCGGCGUGGACGAAUAUUUUGUCUGCAAUGGAAAUUCUUGGACACUCUUAGCCGCUCGUGUUUUGUGAGUUCAAGCUAGAAAUGUGUAAAAUUGUAGCUAAUUGAAUAAAAGACAAUCUCCGCAUUGGAUAAGACGUGACUUUUUUUACAGUACUGUGAAAAUAAUUUCGUAAGCAAAAAUUUUCGAGCAAUUAUUCAUGGUCAUACAGACCCUUGACCAGUAUUGUCAGUUAAGAGCGUCUGGCGAACAAUGCUGGUAACUAGAUUACCCGUUCGCUGUCAUUCGAAAUUAGCCUUGAGCUAUUACAGUGCCCUGUAGUUGAGAGAUUCACCACUUGACAAUAUAGAGGAAGAAUAAGGGCAUGGAAUUCCGGCUUUGACUUCUUCCACGAGUGUUGUGCGGCUGUUGCCCUUUCGUAUUACUAAUAUGUACAUUAUUUUUAUGCCGUAUUUGAUGUAUAAGUAAUAAAUUAAUUCAUUAAUAACUUUAUUUUAUGGAAUAUGUUAAUAAUUCUGUACAUAUCUAAACUUUUAUUUUAUGUUUUGAGAGCAACCCCGUAUAGGUAGUUUAAUUUCAUUUCAAUAGGUUUAUGAUUAAAUGUAUAGAUUUUUCUCAUUCAUACAUCAGACUAUGUAUUUGGGUAACAUUGAACCGUACGAAGGGAUUUUGCUAUGUUCUGUAUAUAUCUUCUCGUGUUAUGAUGUAUAUAUUAUAAUUAAAUAUAUAUAUAUGUAUAUGUUAGACAUACGUUAUGGAAAUCAGCGCGGAGAUAAUACAUAGUAACCCCAUAACUGUUACAUAGCCGUAGUGUACAUCUCUGUCAGUAGAAUCUCCGCGCCUUUCACCACCAAUCAUGACAUCAUCAGCAAUAGUUCUAUUUCCUAGAAACUGUAAAAUGAAUAGGAGAAAAUAAAACCUUUUACUUGGGGGAAAAGUGCAUGUUCACUCUCAAAUCUGAAUAUUGCUAAUAUUUAAAAUUAUUGUUUAAACUGUCGGAUUCGUUUUAAUGUCGAAUAUGACUUCGUUAUAACUGUAUGAUAUCCAAACAUAAUAUGUGUUUAUAUUUGUACAGCUCAUCUCCAUAAAGAAAGUUGUGAUUCUA